AAGAAUGACAGCUCUGGAGAAAGAGAGAGAGGGUAAAUGGUGAUCCCUCCAAGAGCUCCCUCUGCGCACUUUGCAGCGCUCUUCUGUCAGGGUCAGACCGGAUUGCAUCCCCUCUUUUCCAGAAGCCUCUCCUUCUUCUUGGGACUCAACCCCCACCCCCACCCGUGUUGUCACCACACAUACACACACACACACAAACUCACACACGCUCACACCCCUCCAACCUGAAAAUCAUCGCCUUGGUUUUCACGGCUUGCACUCUCCCGCGAAGUCGAGGUUUUCCAAAUCGUGCUUGUGAUGGAAAGCAGAGAGGAGAUGGUGAUGCUGGCAGAGGGAGGUCAGCUUGGCAAGAGCGGCUCCAAUUUGUCGGGAGUCAUCGGCAGCCCCGUGCGAGAACCACAGGGGAAGCCGGGCCACAGGAGCUGUCUGAGCCCCGGCGCUGCGCCCUACUCCCGCAGAGCGGAGGUGGUGAUGGAGGAGAGCGCACCGAGGAAUAUACGCGCCGAUAUGAGGCCAGUUGGCAGGUCUUCCUCCGGAGAUAAACACCGGAGUGAUCAUCCCCACAAAGACGGCAGCAGCUCAGACACCGAGUCAGACUUCUAUGAGGAAAUUGAUGUCAGCUGCACGCCUGAAAGCAUGGACUACCCGACAGCUAAAGGUCGAAAUGGGGAUUCUCCGGGUCACCAGAGUGAGACUGGUGCCGACCCGGGUAGCAUUGUCCAGGGCCCGGGCUCUCUGUCCUAUGCAGCGGAUCAGAUUCGCCGGUACCGGACAGCGUUCACCCGAGAGCAAAUCGGAAGGCUGGAGAAGGAAUUUUACAGGGAGAACUACGUGUCCAGGCCGCGGAGAUGCGAACUGGCGGCCUCCUUAAACCUACCUGAAACCACAAUCAAGGUGUGGUUUCAGAAUCGCAGGAUGAAAGACAAGCGCCAGCGUCUGGCCAUGACUUGGCCUCACCCUGCCGACCCGGCCUUCUACACCUACAUGAUGAGCCACGCGGCGGCCACGGGGAACCUGCCCUACCCCUUCCCAUCCCACCUGCCGCUACCUUAUUACUCCCACCUCGGUGUCGGAGCUGGCACGGUUCCGGCCGCCACCCCUUUCUCCAACCCCCUGCGCUCCCUUGACAGUUUCCGAAUGCUGUCGCAUCCCUACCAGAGGCCGGAGCUCCUGUGCGCCUUCAGACAUCCCUCCCUGUACCCGGGUCCGACCCACGGCCUCGGUCCCGGGGGAAGCCCCUGCUCCUGUCUGGCCUGUCACUCAAGCCAAUCCAACGGUAUCUCAACCAGGCCCUCCGGUUCGGACUUCGCUUGCUCCCCAACUAGCAGGACUGACGCUUUCGUCACUUUCACGCCUUCAGUGCUCAGCAAAUCCUCACCUGUGACAUUAGACCAGAGGGAAGAAGUGCCUCUGACCAGAUAAAAAAACAAAACAAACCAUGAUUUGUUCUAUUUAAGCCUUUACCAUACGCUUUUUAACCUAACAUAUUAUAUGAUCAAGACUGAAACAGCAUGAAGAGGUAGCCUGUAAGCAGUGGAAGCCAUCUUAAACUUGGGACAAGAUAAUUGGCCAGAUCUUCAACUGACGCUCAACGGAUCUCCCCAUUAGCCUAUACUGAAAAAUAUGUAUCCCAUUGCAGAGCCAGGACAGUGGCUGAAAUAUGAAGACACAUGGACAGAAAAGCAGAUUUGAUUUUUAGAAGAUUAAUUUGAUGUGUGAGAGACGGUUAAAUGUGCUUGAUGGAUUGAGUUAAGCUUGUUAUCAUUACGCGUGGUCUCUUUACGCGUCCAAACCCACCUCCAUGUAUUGUUACGCGAGAAUGAUGCUUUCCGUCUCUCUUUUUAACAAGGGGAUUUGUUAACAGAAUGCGGCCGUCUCAUUAUGAAGCAGCUCUCCACACCGGGCCCCUCCGCGGCGGCCCGGGUUGAAAUGUGCAGAUGCUAGUGAAAUUAGUAAGUGAUGUAUAUGUACGACCCGGUGAAUUUUGAGUGUUGAAUUAAUGAUAAUACCAGGAAGAGAUCGUUACUGCCGAAAAGUAACAAGGCGCCGGGGGAACGGAUUACAGCCCGCGCGGUUUGACGAGAGGGGGAGAGAAGAAGAAGAAGAAGAAGAAGAAGAAGAAGAAGAAGAAGAAGAAGAAGAAGAAGAAGAAGAAGAAGAAGAAGAAGAAGGACCCAGAGGAAGAUGGAGAGAGGCAGAGAGUGGACAAUCAAAAUGAAGGGGGGGGGGGGAAACAAGUUAAUAUCUUUAAGCCCAUCAAACCCUCUCAGUUCUUCCCCCAAUGACUUAGGAAACACUUCUUAUACAUGAUGAAAAUGUGAUUAAUAUAUGGCUGUCGGCUUCUUUUUAAAUAUUUUUCUUGCCUUGCACUGCUGAAGUGGCGCCAGUUUGGUGGCAUUUUGUGAAGGAAGCGGACUAACAACUGAUUUAAUAUGUUUAGUUUUUUUUGGAUUGUUUUGUUUUUUUGACUGGGUUGUCCUUAACGUUUAAUUUGUAAUAAACACUGUCAACGAAUCAAUUGAGCAAAUUAAUGUUCCUAAACAUUUUUUAAUGAUUUAUUUAAGCCUGAAUGCAGGGUUAAGAAAUUGAGAAUAAAAAAGAAAAUCUUUCUAAAUGUUAUACUUUCACCCAA